CCAGAACUCUUAAACAUGGUUAGAGUUGUGUUCAUAGCUACGAGGAGGGACUGGGAGAGAGUCUGAGUGAGUGGAGAACAGUGUAAUUUGUACAACAUAGGAGGGAAGCCAGAGAGAAGAAUGAGGAAUCUGAUGUCUGUCAACAUCAGCCUCCUCUGUGCUGUGAUCUGUGUGAUGUCAGCAGUGAUCACAAAGAGAGGGACAGAAGGAGGAAAUGACACCAUUCAGUGUCCUUAUGACCGGAGGUUUGAGACACACCAGAAGUACCUCUCUAAAGGGAUCUGGGCCAACCGGGUUGAUGUGAUCAAAACCCAAACCCAUCAGCACCCAGCGUGGACUCAUAAAGGGAGAUUCUCUCUGUAUGACGACACAGAGAGAAGAGUCUUCACUGUGACCAUCACUAACCUGGUCCCAGAGGAUUCAGGGACCUACUGGUGUGAAAUAAACACAUGGUGGUGGUAUCACAAGACUGAAGUCAGGAUCACUGUGGACAGAGCUCCUGUUCCUCCCAACCCUGACUCCAUCACCUCCAGACCUCUCCUCUCCACGACACACCCAUCAACAAACAUCACCAUGGCAACUGACUCCUCAAACUCCACAGCAGGUGUUGUGAUGUUCUCUGGUGUUGUUCUGGGUGUUCUAUGUGAUGUGAUGUUCUCUGGUGUUGUUCUAGGUGUUGUGAUGUUCUCUGGUGUUGUUCUGGGUGUUCUAGGUGAUGUGAUGUUCUCUGGUGUUGUUCUGGGUGUUCUAGGUGUUGUGAUGUUCUCCGGCGUUGUUCUGGGUGUUUUAGGUGUUGUGAUGUUCUCUGGUGUUGUUCUGGGUGUUCUAGGUGUUGUGAUGUUCUCUGGUGUUGUUCUGGGUGUUCUAGGUGUUGUGAUGUUCUCCGGUGUUGUUCUGGGUGUUUUAGGUGUUGUGAUGUUCUCUGGUGUUGUUCUGGGUGUUCUAGGUGUUGUGAUGUUCUCUGGUGUUGUUCUGGGUGUUCUAGGUGUUGUGAUGUUCUCUGGUGUUGUUCUGGGUGUUGUUCUACUACUGCUGGGUCUGCUGCUGUUCAUGUUCUUCAGACAGAGGAGAGACAGAGACAGGAGACCAACAGCAUCCAAACACUCUGCCAGCCUGUUGGUGUCUGACUCCAUGACACCCAACCUAGAUCCAGACACAGGAACCAUCACUAACCCCAUCUACGCCACAGCAACCAAUCAGAACCCAGAUACAGCCUGUGACAUCACCACCAUCUAUACCAACGCAACCAAUCCUCGUCGAGAUGACAUCCACUUCAACUUUGAUCCGUCCACAGAGGUUUCAGACAAUGUGACCUACGCUACUGUCAACUUCCCCUGAGAUCCAGCCUGUCUCCACGAUACUACUGUCAACUUCCCCUGGGAUCCAGCCUGUCUCCACUAUGCUACUGUCAACUUCCCCUGAGAUCCAGCCUGUCUCCACUAUACUACUGUCAACUUCCCCUGAGAUCCAGCCUGUCUCCACGAUACUACUGUCAACUUCACCUGAGAUCCAGCCUGUCUCCACGAUACUACUGUCAACUCUGCUACAUAGUCUACUACUGUAGACACCUCAUAAUGUACUGCACCAUUAAACACUCUGCUACAUAGUCUACUACUGUAGACACCUCAUGAUGUACUGCACCAUUAAACACUCUGCUACAUA